CGCCGAGGAGAGACAUCGCAGGACCUGGUGCCGCCGGCCGUCGCUCGGCAGUCGUCACUGAUUGUACGCGCGGUGUCGACACGCGUACGUUGUUUUCCGUUGGUCGCAGUCGUGUGGUGUGAGUGUGUGUCGUGCUCGCCGCCGCCGCCUUCGUAUCGACAGUGUUUUGAAAAUAUUUAAUAAUUAUUUUGGAAAACGAGAUUUUUUUUAUAUUCAAUUGUAAAACGCAUAAUUUUUAUCAAAUGAUUUUGAAACGAUACCGUACGAGUGUAGUGUUCGUGAUUUUGUCUUAGAAGAUUGUGCGAUUGUUUUUUUUUAUUGAAAAUAUUCAAGACAUUCCGCGAAUAAUUAUUGAAAAAAAUAAUCUGUUCACUGUGAUUGUCGAAGUAUUCGGUUCAAACCAAUAUCAAGAAAUUCAAACCGUGAUGAAUUUACGACUGACUUUUGUCGGAUCGAGGGCUACGCGUUGAGCCAUUCAAGCAAACCGCGUUCGAUUCCAUUGCGGCGUGUACGAUAUAAUUAUUGUGUCUCCGCACGGUAAUUAUGAGUAACACGUGAUAUGGACGUCCAGGCUAUGCAGUCUAUGGAUUGGCUCUUCAAAAAAGAACGCAUCUACUUAUUGGCUCAGUUUUGGCAACAGAGAGCUACUUUGGCGGAAAAAGAAGUGACUGCCUUGAAGGAAAAGUUGACCAACAACAAAGCACAAGACACAAACGACAUGACCAUGGCCACGCCUUUGAGCAAUCAUGUCGAGUCCACCGAGGAUCAGAAUAAAACGCCCGUCGAACUUGAACUUUCUGCCAAAGAGAAAGAAAUUUCACAAUUAGUCGAAGACGUGCGUAAACUUCAGUCGAGCAUCGGGAAACUGCAAGAAAACACUGCCAAAGAAAUUGCCAGGUUGGAAGAAGAGUUACACGACAAAAGGCAGCACAUUUUGAGACUGGAAGCACGGUUAGACGCACAAAGAGAUUACGAAGAAGUCAAACGACAGUUAUGUGUGCUGAAGGCCGUCGAAUGUUCAGAUGACCCUAACGACAAGUCACCGAACAACGAUAAAUCUGAGACGACCAUGCGAGGUUCAUCGCCUCAGCCUCAGCGGUUAUCUUGCAGUCCUACACUCGACAUGCACAAUGAUUUUUCAGUUCCGGUGAUCCCACCCCCUCUCGGGCUCCAAAACGUUGAACAGUUUGGCCCGAUACUCGGCCAAGAGAUCGUGGCUAACUGGCGAAGAGCUCUCGAACGCAAUCAUUCUGAAAACAAGAAAGUCUAUACUUCUCCGAGCCGACAAGAAAACUGCUCCGUGAAAGAAAAAUCACCUUGUUUGGAUUCUGCUAAAUCACCAGCACCCAGUACUUCUCCAUCGCCAAUUUCACCAUCCAGUAACGCUCAUCAAGCGAGAUCAACUAGUAGAUCAUCAUGCAAAUCUCCAACAAGUGAAUCAAACAGUUCACCGAGACUUAAUAGUAGCUCACCACACAACAAUAAUAAUAACCCUUCGCAAAUGAACAACAAUAAUAACAUACCAGCGGGUCUUAUAAAUGGACUUUGCGGCCUCAACGUAGGGCUCAACAACAACAUUCUAGGACCAGCUGGGGCAUUAGGAUUUGAUUUGAUUAAGUCUCCAUUUGAUCAUAGAUCUCCGUAUCGUUUUUCUGAUAAUGAUUGUACUAUGGUCGGAAGAUUUGGUGAGUCACUUAUACCUAAAGGAGAUCCUAUGGAAGCUAGACUUCAAGAAAUGCUCAGAUAUAAUAUGGACAAAUACUCCACACAAAAUUUAGACACAUUGCAUAUAGCUCGUCGUGUGCGAGAACUACUGUCAAUUCACAAUGUUGGACAGAGACUGUUUGCCAAGUAUAUACUUGGACUGUCACAAGGGACCGUAAGUGAGCUAUUGUCUAAACCAAAGCCAUGGGACAAAUUAACCGAAAAAGGACGCGAUAGCUACAGGAAAAUGCAUGCAUGGGCUUGCGAUGAGAACGCGGUUAUGCUGCUCAAGUCUUUAAUACCGAAAAAAGGUAAAGACUCUGGCAUACCGACAGUUAUGUGUAAAUCAGACAAUGAUGUAACUGAUGAACGUAUUGUACACAUACUGAACGAGGCUAGUCAAAUGAUGAAGCCCAGUCAACAACAAGAUGAUACCCAGAGCAAUGAUAGUACAUCACCUAAUCAAUUAAAUAAUACCUCACCAUCUAGAUCAAAAUUCAAGGAAGAUUUGCCUCAAGAACAAGUUGCUAGACUUUACCAAGAAGAACUUUCAAAACUCAUGGGUAAACGAUUGGAAGAAUCCAUGAGAAGUGGAGAACAACCAUUUGCCGGUUGGCUAUUUCCACAAUUUUUCGGAAAUCAUACUGGUAAUCACGAAGAUAUCAGAACAGCAUUGGAUGCCUACCAUCGCGAAUUGUCAAAAUUACAAAAUUGCCCACAAAGUCAACUAUCCGGAUUAUUAGCCCUCCAGCAACAAGCAGCUGUAGCGGCAAUGGCUAACAAUAACAAUACUAUUCAAGGGAAUGGUAUGGCUCAAGAUUUGUCUAUACCUAAAGAUAGGAAAGACAUGUUUGCGUUUGUACAACGAAAAGAUUUUGGUAUGAAAGUUAAUGGAACUGAUAUUUCAGACAAAGAAGCAGAGAGUGUGGCUGAAGCAAUGAAACACGCUGGUAGUGCUUUUUCUCUCGUUAAACCAAAAACUGAGCCAAGUGGAACAUCUUCUGUUGGUAGCUCAGCCAGUUCACCUUUGGGUAACUCGAUUUUACCACCUGAAGAUUUUAAUCAAUCUGCUGCAGUUAGUCCGCUGCAACGAAUGGCUUCAAUAACUAACGCUUUAAUUUCUCAACCCUCUACACCACAUCAUCAUUCACCCUCACAACGGCCUUUAAAGGCAGUGUUACCACCUAUUACUCAACAACAAUUUGAUCAAUUUAAUAAUUUAAAUACUGAAGAAAUCGUACGAAAAGUCAAAGAACAAUUAAGUCAAUUUUCCAUUAGUCAGCGAUUAUUUGGCGAAUCUGUGUUGGGUCUUUCUCAAGGAAGUGUGUCCGAUCUCUUAGCUAGACCAAAACCUUGGCACAUGUUGACUCAAAAGGGACGUGAACCUUUUAUACGAAUGAAAAUGUUCUUGGAAGAUGACAAAGCCGUGCAUAAACUAGUUGCUUCUCAGUAUAAAAUUGCCCCAGAAAAAUUAAUGAGAACUGGUGGUUAUGGUGGUGCAAGUCCUAUGAAUCAGUCCUUAGCAAAAUCGUCCCAUCCAUUUGGUGGCAAAAUGACUCCUUCACCUUUAGAUCUCUUAAAAGUCAAUGCCGAAAAUGACCGACAAACCCCUCAUCACCAAAUGCUUAAUUCUAUUUGUAAUACAUCUACAGUAUCGGAAGACUCAGAUGUAGCAUCGUCAUUACAAUCACCUAACAAUCACCAUUUGCAGCUUCAGUCUCCUGGAGGUCAUUCUCAUGUAUCGGCUUCUACUGCCUCAUCGUUGAUCACUUCUGGAAGUCAAUUAGCAACAAUAAUGGCUGGUGAAAACAAACUAAAAUCUUCGAUUUCAAAUAAUGGUUUCCCUCAAAACAUUAUGUUACAACACGUAGCAGCAGCGUUUCAAAACCCAGGAUCACGCCAUCCACCUCCUGUUGUACCUUCCGUUUAUGAAAUGGCAGCCUUAACCCAAGAUCUCGAUACCCAAACUAUCACUACAAAAAUCAAAGAAGCCUUAUUAGCCAACAAUAUUGGACAAAAAAUAUUCGGAGAAGCCGUAUUAGGACUAUCUCAAGGAUCAGUCAGUGAAUUAUUAUCCAAGCCAAAACCAUGGCAUAUGUUAAGUAUUAAAGGCCGUGAACCAUUCAUUCGAAUGCAACUUUGGCUUUCAGAUCAACAUAAUGUUGAAAGAUUACAGGCUAUAAAAAGUGAAAGAAGAGAAAUGAAUAAAAGGCGAAGAGGUUCUGGUCAGCAAGACAAUGGAAGUGAUACGUCAUCCAAUGACAAUUCUGAUUUCUAUCACAGUGGUACCAGUAGUCCUCCAUCUGCUGCUAAAAAACAGAGAGUGUUAUUUUCGGAUGAACAAAAAGAAGCUCUUAAGCUGGCAUUUGCUUUAGAUCAAUAUCCUAGUGUGGGUACUAUUGAGUUCCUAGCUUCCGAAUUGAAUUUGGCUACUAGGACUAUUACCAAUUGGUUCCAUAAUCAUAGAAUGAGAAUCAAGCAACAAUCACCUCACUCUGACUCUCAGCAACAGCAAUCGCAAAAUGGACCUGGUUUCGAUCCUAUUCAAUUUAGAAUAUUAUUGAGCCACCGACUUGGAUUUGGAGGUUUACCCUUACCAUUUAAUGCCGGAAAUCCAUACUUGCAACAUGCCGCCGUUGCUGCUGCAGCUGCUGGUGGUGACCUCUCAUCCUUUAUGCCUAUGUUAACAACUUCAUCAUCCUCAGCAGCCACAGUUGAUGAACAAAUGUCUGGCUUGGAUCUUAGUGUUAAACACGAAAUGGACACAGACUUCUAUGAUGAUGACGACGAAAGCCGAUCCGAUGAGUCUGAAGUUCGAGAAGAAGCACCUGCAGUUCCAGUGGUGGGCAGUUCACGGCGAAAGCCAGCCGCACCACAGUGGGUCAACCCAGACUGGUUGCAUAGCGAACAAAAGCAACAACAACAGCAAUCACAAUCUGAGGUGAUUAUAAAUGGAGUUUGUGUUAUGCAAGCGGCUGAUGGUUGCAACGAGAGAAGAAGGUCGGAAACCGUUCGAGUGGAACCUACAGACAUCAAUGAUGGAACUAAAUCUGGUCGGUCCACCCCUUCAGAGACAAGCUCAGUUAAGCAUGGAUCAGACGGCGAACGUGAUCAGGAACCAAUCAGUGUAAAGGAGGAGAAAACGUGGAACAACGAAUUUUAAAAAAUCAAACAUAUAACUGAUAUAUUGUAAACACAUCGAUAUGUUACCACAAUCUCCUCGACGUGAGUAACGCGUAGUUAAUUCUUUUUUAUUAUUAUUACUAUUAUUUAUAUGUAUUUAAUGUUUUGUACACACUAUUUUGUAAAUAAUUAUACAUAAGAUAUUUAUACUAAAUAUAAUUUUUAAAAAAUGUGCAAUUUUUUUAGAGUUUAAUAUGUAUCCCAAAAAUAUAAUAUCGUUUGAUUUGUAUCACUCGUUUGUGGUCCUAUUUUAAUAAUUUGUGAUGUUGUACAGUUUCUUCUUCUUCUUCGUAUUAUUAUUAUUAUUAUUCAUUAUAACUAUUAAAAUUACUACUGUAUAAUAAUUCAAAGUGUAAUGGGGAAUUGACCUAAAAAUAAAACUUUAUUUAAAAUCUAGAAGACUGUCAAAAAUCUUUAGUCUCCAAAAGCACAGCCAAAACAUUUUCAUUUGUAUAUUUUUAUACACUCUGUUAGCUUUACGUUGUAAAAAUAAAGUUUUGUUUUCUAGUCUACCACGGUCUCUAGUCUUGAAAAAGUUUUGACUUAAAUGUAAAUUGGUAUUUUGACACCUAAGAGGCCGAAAAUCUUUUUUUUUUUAACUUUUUGAGACCAGUUAAUAUAAGACUUAUAGUUUUAUUUGAAGUGCCCGGAAAGAUGAAUCCAUUCGAUUUCACCUUUAUAUUCUUUUUAAACUAUUAGACAUAUUAUUGCAUCAUAAGGUAAUAUAGUAAUCAUUGUAAAUAUUAUAUUAAGUAGUGGAAAUUGGGUAAAAUUUAUUCUUUUUCGAUAUUAAUUGAAUACAAUAGAAUAAUGUGUUUUUCGUUUCGGCUCAUCUCUCUUUUCGGUUCCACUUUAUAUUUUUAUCAUUAUUAUUAUUAUUGUUAAACUAAUUAAUAUAAAUACUUUUACAUUUAUGAUUAAAGUAAAUAUAAAUUUUUGUAAGAAAUUUCAAAGUAUGAAGAUAUUUAUUUGUACGGUAAAUAAAUGAGUGUAUGUAAA